CCGAGAAACACACUCCAGCUCGUCAUCGUGUCCAUACUCGCAGGAGGCAGCAGAUUUCUGCUGAUGCAGUGAUGUCUGGAAAUGUCAAGGGCUCGCUUGUUGCCCCAUAAUGUAUCUCUCCCCCCGAACUGCUGCGCAAGAUUUUCUCCUGCGGUACAGCCUCUACUGUAAAGCUGCUCACACCACCGUGCCGCCAAGCGAGCAACUGUACGGACGCUGCUGCAGCUUUGCAACCCUUCUCUUCUCGCAGCAUUUCCAUCUCAGGCUUCCCUCAUUACAGAGCUGCCUGAUUUCUCAUCAGACGUUUAGACCUAUGAGGGCACUUUGACGGGACACGGGAUGGUGAUGAUGACCAUAGUGAGGCUCUAGGCUUUUCUCCUCGGGAAGGUGCAAUGUGAAGUUGCCACAUGAUACCCACUGGUGUCCUGCUGUUGGAUGAUAUUACCCGAGGAUAAAACGCAUUCAAGACCUUUCAAGAUUACGAGGCAGCAGUAACAACAGCAGCAGAUGCACUGGAGAGCAGCAAUGGUCAAGUCAGCGAGAACCGCAGUGGAGCCGCACUGAGGCAGAGCAGCCAACCAACCCCCUUGUACCUGGGGACGUCUCCAACAAUUUAAGGGGUGUGGGAAGCUGAGGAGUGGAAAUUUUCCCCCUGAUCCUGAAUGCCUGCUCAGUCAGACUAACCGAAACCCAACACAACUCCUCCUCCUCCUCCUUGUCUUCCACCUCCUCCUCCUACCAAAAUGACCGUCGUAGCAGGAGAUAACAUGGACGAGACCUCGGCUGUCCCUGGUCAUCCUCAGGACACCUACCCCCCAGACCAUAAUGACCACGAAUGCUGCGAGAGGGUGGUGAUCAACAUAGCGGGUCUCCGGUUUGAGACACAGUUGAAAACUCUCUCCCAGUUUCCAGAGACGUUGCUAGGCAACCCCAAAAAGCGGAUGCGGUACUUUGACCCUCUGAGAAAUGAAUACUUCUUUGACAGAAACCGCCCCAGCUUUGAUGCCAUCCUCUACUACUACCAGUCAGGCGGUCGGCUGAGAAGACCAGUGAACGUCCCUUUGGAUAUGUUCUCAGAGGAAAUCAAGUUUUACGAGCUGGGAGUGGACGCGAUGGAGAGGUUUCGUGAGGAUGAGGGUUUCAUCAGGGAGGAAGCGCGCCCUUUGCCUGAUAGGGAGUUCCAGCGUCAGGUCUGGCUCCUCUUUGAGCAUCCAGAAAGCUCGGGCCCCGCCAGAGGGAUCGCCAUUGUGUCUGUGAUGGUGAUCCUGAUUUCAAUAGUCAUAUUUUGUUUAGAGACUUUACCACAGCUGAAAGAGGACGCAACAAUUCGAAUAGUGGGGAACACUACUAUUUAUUACAAGCCAAAUAUCCUUACUGACCCCUUCUUUGUCAUUGAGACACUCUGUAUAAUCUGGUUCUCCUUUGAGUUGAUAGUACGCUUUCUGGCGUGCCCAAGUAAACCGGCCUUCUUCAAGAACAUGAUGAACAUGAUCGACAUUGUGGCUAUCAUCCCUUACUUCAUCACACUUGGGACUGAGCUGGCUGAGGAUCCCGACAACGAGGGGGUGGGGGAGCAGGCAACGUCUCUGGCCAUACUCAGGGUGAUUCGUCUGGUCAGGGUGUUCAGGAUCUUCAAGCUGUCACGACACUCCAAAGGACUUCAGAUUUUGGGGCAGACCCUCAAGGCCAGCAUGCGAGAGCUGGGAUUGCUGAUCUUCUUUCUGUUCAUUGGAGUCAUCUUGUUCUCCAGCGCUGUCUACUUUGCAGAGGCAGAGGAGCAAGGAUCCCACUUUGGCAGCAUUCCGGAUGCAUUUUGGUGGGCCGUUGUGUCUAUGACAACUGUGGGCUAUGGGGACAUGGUCCCGGUUACUAUAGGAGGCAAGAUUGUAGGAUCUCUGUGCGCCAUCGCUGGAGUGUUGACGAUCGCACUCCCAGUGCCUGUCAUUGUGUCCAACUUCAACUACUUCUACCACAGGGAGACAGAAGGAGAGGAGCAGGCCCAGCUGCUCAAUGUAAGCAAUCCCAACAUCCCCUCCGAAACCAAUUCCAGUCGCCGCAGUUCAUCCACAGUCAGCAAGUCGGAGUACAUGGAGAUUGAUGGAGACAUAAACAAUAGCAUCGACAACUUUAGGGAGGCAAAUCUCAGAACUGGCAAUUGCACUAUAGCCAACCAAAACUGUGUAAAUAAAAGCAAGCUGCUUACAGAUGUUUAGACACUAGUUAGAAACUUUGGGAUCUCUAUUGGACUGUGGAGUAGACCAUCAGUUAAGAAUGCUUCAUUUACCUCCUCAAAGCGCUCUAUGGCAUUAGGCCUACAACUAUGCUCAGCUAAAUAGAAAGGAAACAGAAAAAACAAAGCUGUUAGAGUGUAUGACAGGUUGUUAGAAUAAUUAAUUCUUCUGAUCCUACAAAUAUAUAGGUAUAUCAAAAAGAAACCAUCGAUUACUGCGCAUAUACACGGCUCCCUGGAGGAUGCAGAGCACACACUGUCUUAUGAGACGACGGCGUGACAAUUAAAAUCUUAUGCAUGGAGUACAGAUAACAUUACAGCAAGUUGCACAAUGCACCAGAAACGUCUGCAGAGACAUGCAAGCAUCUGCAGUCAAGUGGUAAGCGCCAAGAAGUUAGGUGACCCCCCCCUUUCCUCUCCACACACACCCUCCUCUCUCCUCUCUUCCUACACUGGAUCUACUAUUCAGCAAAGCACCUUAUAGGAGGAAGACUGAUCUCUUCUUGUUUGGAUGUAAACAGAUGGUGAUCUACUCGCUUCAUGGACAUCCGCAAUGCUGCUGUUUUCCAGCAGUGGCUGUAAAUGUGAUAUCACCAAGUGAUUCAAUGCCAUGCCCUUUAGAUGCAACACAGCACAAUGAUAAAGUGAGCUUCACACAAGCAUGAUUAGAGACUUUCCAUUUUGAUAUCGGCAUGCAUGUGACAUAUCUCACGUAAUGGAAAGGAUGUUCUUUUGGAUAACCUGCCUCCAUCCACCUCCCCUUCUCAUCUGUUUUCAUACCGAGUGCACUGGAUGAGUUUUUCAUUUGAAAUGCUACUCAUUUAGAAGUAUAGAAACUGAAUGUUAAAUCUUAAGGGAACAGUACAUAAAAUGAGAUCAUAGCAUGAAAAAAGUAACCUGCAUUAUGGUCUAUUGACUAAGGUACUUUUGUAUCCUGGUAUAUUUAAUGCAUGACAUGAGUAUACAGCUUGUUGCAAUUCAGGCACUCGGCAGUGCCCUAUUGUCAGGGAAACUACGGAAAUCAAAUUCUGGAUGUUUCUGAAUUGCGAUCAAAUAUAUCCGAACCCACCCUGAGGAUGCAGAGUUUCUAAUUUUAAAAGUAGACAAAGAAAUGGAAUAAAUAUUAUCAAAAAUGCAUAUAAUCAUAAAUAAGCACCGAUUACAGUAUUACAUCAAUAGUGCAGUGCAUGGACCUUCUACGAAGAAGAAAAUUAUUAGUCAUGCUUCCAUCUCCAUUUCAAAUUUUAGUGUAAUUUUGUUUGGAAUCCACUCAAAAAAGAUCAUCACCACAUUCAACUUCAUAUCAUGGAGAAUUCUUCUGACAUUAGUUGCUAGUGCCUUUAUCCCUUUCACCAACAGGACCAGUGAAAGUGCCUCUGUGUACAAUGGUAUUUGUGAGGUUGAGCGGAGCUGGUUCACCUUCUGUUUAAGUGUGGAAACACUGUUGGUUAGAAUGUUAAUGAUGCCAGAUAAGCAAGGUUGAAAUAGAAGCUGAUUGUGGUCAAAAAAGUAAAAAAUAGAUGAUCCAUGGCUGUCAUGCACAACCCAGUUUUCAUGCACUUAAUUAUGCCCUUAAGCAGCAAUGUAUUGUACUCUGCAUGUUUACCAAUUCAAGUCAAAAGGGAAUAUCCAUCGGUUUUCAACAUCUUUUAUUCAUGUCUGUUGUUUUUUUUUCUUUGUGCACCAUGCAUCCUUUCAGGGUCUCUACCUCAGCGAGGUCAUUGCAAACUUGCUGCAGAGCUGCAAGCUUCAAUGCAGGGCUUCCUAUACCAUAAUGCAAAAUGGAACCUUAAGUGUAAACAGCAGUCAUGCAAUAUUGAAUGUGAGAGUCCCAAAGCAUAGCCUUUUUACACAAGCACUUAGGACGAAUAGUGUACCCCAAUCCUGCUCCUUUUGUUCACUUAAAGCUACGCACAAUCAGAACAUUCAUUGUCAGAGAGUUUAGCGAGGUUGCCUGUUUUAUAUGUUGCUUUCUUUGAAACAGUGGUGUAUAAUUGCACUGAGUUGUGUUUCAAAACGCGUGGGAGAGAGAGCAGAUGUAAGUUUGAUGUAGUUUUUAAGUCUGUCAUCGUGCAAUCCAAAGCGCAGCCCGACUUUUUGCACAGUCAUUUUGUUCGGUUGCUAAAGUCAGUUUUCUUUGCUAGUUCGAUUUUUUUCACUUGUCACCGUGCUUGCUCACACAUAGUGCGUUGUUUCUCAGCACAUUGUCCCAAACAGGCUGACUGCAGAUAUAGACGGGGACAAAUUGUAACAACUACUUGAAAAUCUCCAGCUACUGUACAUCAAUCUACACUCAGUAUUAAGACAAAUUCAUUCUAACAAAGGUAAGAUUUUGUACUGUAUGCCCUUUUUAUUUUAGAUUUAGCAAUCUCCUGACAAGGUCCUGUGAAAAACAAAGCUCUGCUGCAGUGCUACUUGAAUGUCAUAGUCGUUUCUGUUGGUGCAAUGGCUAUCUUUUGUGGUGCUACUAUAGGACCACCAUCGUUGUCCUGUCACCAUCACAUAUUAUCUGAAGCUUUCAUUAAUUGUUUUCGACGAGACUCUGUGAUUCUUGUUCCUGACGGUUUUUGUUAUUGGUGGUUGGUUAGUAUAGGGAACUGUUUAUUAUUUUAUUUGAAACUGAUCUUUGUACUGUACAGCUGAAGGGUGUCUGCCUCAGGCGAGGUAAAGAGCCUUGCUCAAUGUCAGUAUCUUAUAAGAGCAAAAAAAGACACAACUGUGUCAGGGAUCUUCACCUUGUGUAGGGUUUCUCAUACAGAAGGAC